UUGGAUUCAUCGUGCAGCACAUUCCUUACGUUUCCCCCCACCUUUAAAUAUAUUUAGUAUUUUCGCCAUUGUCUUCCAGGAACUCCGUAAGCUCUGUAGAAAAUGUUGUAAAAAUUCAAGAUAAGAAGAAAAAAAAGGGAAGUAACUUCAGUGGCAUGUAUAAGUUAAGCUCUCAAUUGGCUUAUUGGAAGAAAUUGGCUAGUGACUAUUAUGGUCAGAGUGAAUAUAGGAAAGAAAAAGAAAAGUAUACUGAAACAGAAUUAAAUAUUUUAUCAAGUUUGACGGAUGAUUUGAAUUCUACAGAGCUUCUCAUCUACAAGACUAAAAGCCAAAUUAGUCAUUUGGAAUCUCAUAUUGCAACCUCACAUGCUCAACUAGAAAGUUUGAAGUAUAGAUCAAAAAGACGUUAUGAUAUUCACAGUAUCACAUGCAUUCAUUCACUAUCACGGGAAUCACCUUAUCCCAAAACACGUAUUGAGCGUUUUGCGGUUCCUGAUAAAUAUGUGCCGUGGGAAGUUAUGUGGCAGCACUAUGAUCCACCUACUUUUACCAUGACAAAAGAUGAAUUUCCAAGCAAUCAAAGGCCAUAUGUUGAUGAGGAUCUACUUGUUUUGCAGCAAAAUGAAAUUCAAAAGUCUGAAUUGCCAUCAUUCAUGUGGAACAUGGAGACUGUAGAUUCAACUGGUAUUUAUCAAAAUCGCAAUACAUGGACGACUGAUGUAAAUGGGAGACGAAUUCAAUAUAAACUUGAUCAACAUGAUGUUCCAAAGAAUCCAAUGGGAAGGACUGGACUUCGUGGAAAAGGUGCUCUUCCAAGAUGGGGACCUAACCACAAUGUAUAUGUCGUUAUUACAAGAUGGCAACAGGAAAAAUCUGAAAGUUCUGAUCCUGCAUUAUUAGAAACAUCGGACAACCUGGAAUUUGUUGAAACAUACUAUCUAAGAAAAACCAACAUUUCUCUGCCUGGUGGUUUUGUUUGGUUAGAAAAUCAAUAUGAAAGUAUUCGAUCAAUAUUCAUUCAAAAUGAACAAUCCGAACCAUGGACUUCAACUGAAGAUAUGAUAAAGUUUUUUCAAGAACACGCAGUAGGUGUAGCAGAACCUGAUAAAAAUGAGCAAUUCAAAACUGAGAAAGUUUUUCGUGGCUACAUGGAUGAUCAGUUGAAUACAGACAAUGCCUGGAAAGAAGUAGAACUAUGGCAUAUUCAUUAUAAUACUUUGACAGAUUUGGAUACUAAAUUUAAGAUGGAUGUCAAAUGGCGCCUAUUAUGUGAUGAUGUAUUUAUUCAGUUGCCUCUUGGUCAAAGAUUUCUUCUACAAAGAGCAAUAAAGGACUUGAAAACUAAAUUUGCAUGAUAUCUUGAAGGCUGCUAAAAUAAAAAUUUUAUG